AUGUUAAAACGGACUGAAAAUUUUAUAUGGGAGUCUAUUAAAGACAUUAUCGCAUGCAGAAGUGAUAUUAUAUUUCUUUGCAUAGUUGCAUUCUUUCUGAAUUUUAUAAUUCUUCUUUUUCUACAUUAUUUCGCUGGAUUAAUUAUUUGGAUAAUCAUUGGCAUUGUAGGAUUGGGAUUAUUACUAUUGAGCUUAUCAUUAUGGUUAAUCUGGAGAGACAAAUAUUUUCAAGCAGAAAACGCUGGAAGUCCUCAGCAGGACACUGAUUCCCAUAUGUAUUAUAUUGGCGCCAUUACCUUCAGCGUUUCCUUGGUAAUCUAUGUAUUGGUUGUAUUAAGUAUGAGAAAGAGAAUACAUUUGGUUGCGAUGCUAUUUGAAGAAGCGGGCCAUGCUGUAAAAUCUAUGCCGAUGUUGUUAUUUCAACCGUUUUGGACCUUUGUUAUUGCUGCCUCCGUAAUAAUGUUAUGGAUUGACGGAGUGUUUAGUUUUUACAUUGCAUCUGAACCUUAUGUUAUUCAAAGAAAACAUAUAUAUCCUCCUCUGAGUAAAUUUAAUAAGUCCAUGAUGUUCUACUUCAGUGUUAUGUUUCUCUGGUUGCUGCAAUGCGUUAUUAGUUGUCAAGAUGUGGUUAUAGCUGGUACAGUAGCAGAAUGGUAUUUUUCCAGAGAUAAAACUAGACUAACUUCGCCGAUAAUGAAGAGCAUAGGCCAUUUAAUAAGUUAUCAUCUCGGAUCAGUAAUUUUGGGAAGUUUUAUUAUUGCGAUUAUUAAAUUAUUGAGAAUUAUUCUUUUACAAGCUGAAAAAAGAACGAAAAAUAAGCAUGACGGAUCAAUAUUGAAAUGUUGUGGAUGUUGUUUUAAAUGUCUGCAAAAGUUUCUUAUUUAUUUAAAUAAAAAUGCCUUCAUUGAAAUUGCAAUUUUUGGACAUGGAUUUUGCAAAUCAGCUCAACAAGCAUUUUCAAUUUUAACUCGUAAUGCAUUAAGAGUAGCUGCGAUCAACUCUAUUGGAAAUUUUGUCCUUUUCAUUUCCAAAUGUGCUGUGAUGAUAGUUGUUUGUAUUAUCGGAUUAGAACUCCUUAAAAAUAAAGAUGAUCUGAAUAAUGCAUUAAUACCUUUAUUCACUGCUUGUGUUUUAGUGUAUAUAAUAUCAACAUGCUUCAUGUCUCUCUAUGAAAUGGUCAUCGACACUUUGUUUAUUUGUUUCUGUGAAGACUGUGAAAGAAACGAUGGAAUCAACCGUCCAUACUUCAUGAGUAAAAGUUUAAUGGUAUUUGUGGAAAAAAGUAGAGUUGCUAUUCCUGAAUUUUAUCAAAAAGAAUUAGGAACAUGACUUCAACUACAUAAAAAGUAAAAGCAUCUAUACAGAAUAUUUUCUAAAACUUUUUAAUAUUGUAAAAUAAAUAUUUUUUUAUAAAUCUAAGACAAUUUAACUAGUUUUUAUAUAUAAUAAAUAUCAGAAAACUUGAAUUUAUUUAAU